GGAGGAGACGCCAGUAAAAUAAGUGAGGAAGAGGCGCCAUUUCGAGGCUCCAACACUACACUGGUUGUUUUAAAAAGCGUAUUUUGUGGGCCGCGGGUACAGCCUGAGCAGAGGAAGAAAAUAAGCGGGUGCACACCUGGACGAGAGACGCAGCAACGUGUCCUGGACGACUCACAGCGCAGAAACACCAGUGAUAGAAGAUGGCGUCUGUUGAAGAGCUGCUUCUGAAAGCUCUGGAUAAUCUGGAGUCACAAAAACUAAAGAGGUUUAAAUGGCACUUAAAGAAACUUGAAUCCAUUUCAGCUGCUGAUGUGGAAAAACCAGAAACCUCGGACAUUGUAGAUGUUAUGGUGGCACGAUUUGGAGAAGAAGCAGCAGUGGAGAACACACUGGUCAUCCUGAGGAAGAUGAAUGAGAACAAUCUUGCUAGCCAGCUAGAGAAAUGGACUGCGACAACUAAGAAAGAUGAACCUAAUCUAACAGAUCUAAAGAAAGACGAGCCACGUCUGAAUACUGAAGCAGAUAAAGCAAGAUAUUUUGAUAACAAUUGGUCAGAUCUCAUUCAGAAAGUUACAAAUGUUAAGAUCAUUGCAGAUAGACUCCUUCUGCACAAUAUAAUUCAUGAGGAACAGUAUUCCCAAAUCACCCAUGCCAGUUUAACCACUGCAGACAGCAUGAGAAAGAUCUGUGAUAUUAUACGUAGGCGCAGUGACAGUGUGAAAGCCUUAUUCAUCUCAAUUCUUCAGGAAGUGGACAAGAAUCUUUUUCACUGAAGACUUAUCUAGUGAUGAUACAGGAAAAAUACUAAUCUAUCCAAAAUACCAUUGGACAGCAACAAUUUUUAAUGUGUAUAAUAUAUUUGUUAGUGAAUUGUCAAUGUACAUUGUCACCCUCAACGCAGAAGGAUUGUCUACUUUUGUUCAAUCCAGUAAAGUAUUUUUGUAAACUUUCUUUUGAUAUUUCUCAUUUAAUAAAAUAAUAAUGCGGAAGUUAUUUCACUUCAUGGACAUGGUGCAUUGGAUGGUACAUUUCUAAAUAUGUAUUCUGCAUUUAGCCCUUUAAGAGACACUGAUUAUAGAGGGCAUGAUUUUUUU